AUGGCGUCUAUUGACGUCAGCCUGCAUCGCAGGAGACUGCUCAACGAUGCAAAGUUGUUGCAUCAACUGCCGCCAGAGGUGCUCGACAUCGUUCGGAGCAGCUCAUCUCCAAACCUGCUUGAUGCUGUGGCGGCUGCAUCCUUGAUACCCAGCAUCACCACACAGCUCUACAUCCAUUUCGAGCCCGUCUUUGCCGAAAUCUGUGCAAGAUGGACCCUCGCAGCCCAUCCAGGUCGCCAGGACGAUCAAGUCAUCGCUGCUUUCGCCAGGGUGCUGCCUUUUUGCCCGCACUCGUCGGUCUAUCUGGAGCGUUAUCUCAGAAAGACAUCUCAGACUUUUGACACAACCUCACCACAGGGUCAACCACCACAAAGACGGCCCAUGAGAAUCAACUCGCUCGAUUCUUUGGGUAGCAGUCCUGAGCUUUCCGAGGCAGCCCUCUUGCAAAUCCUGCUUGCCUUUUGGCGGCUCAUUAAUUUUCACAAGAGAACGUAUGGACGCCUCGCCCCGCCGUCACAAAUACAAGCCUUGAUACACCACCCAUGCCCACCAGUACGCUAUCUCGCCAUCCGCAUCUUCUGCGAGCAGGUUUCGGCUGCCGACGCCAAGCUUGAGGCUCUCGUGAGGCAACACAUCGGCCCGCAUGAUUCGCUGUCUGCGGAUUUCGACGGAGUGGAAAUCGACUACACUUUCUUGUCGCUGCUGGAGCACAAGCGGGCCAAGGAGCUCGAUGAGCUGCGCCAACAGAUUCUGGAAGAGGAUGCGAGCAUUAUCGUGGGGGAAAGCUUGCCGGAGCAGGCUCUCACCGAAUUUGUAAUUCGUUACGGCUCUACCGUCUUGCCUCGGCCGAAUGGCAUUCCCGCGUCGGAUGCAGCCGCCAUGGUGCCGACACCGACCACUCUGGCCAAUCUAGAGUCUUUGGCACAGGUCCUGUUGAAGCCUGGUCCCAUCCUCGUUCAUGGUCUGCCAGGCUCUGGCAAGACUUCUGUCGUCCACGAGCUGGCCCGCCAGUUGGGCAUGGAGUCAAGCUUGGUCACUCUUCAUCUAAACGAACAGACAGACGCGAAGAUGCUCAUUGGUCUGUACUCGACCGAUUCGAAACCUGGAUCAUUCUCAUGGCGGCCAGGUGUACUGACUACCGCCGUACGGGAGGGUCGCUGGGUCCUGAUCGAGGAUCUCGACCGAGCACCCAACGAAAUCAUGAGCACUUUGCUUCCACUCGUGGAAAGAGGCAAACUCCUGAUACCAAGUCGUGGCGAAACCAUCGAAGCCUCCAGUAGCUUCAGGCUGUUUGCGACAGUCCGGACCACGCGCGGCAUGAAUGGCCAAGAGAGUUUGCCGACGCUUCUGGGUCAACGAUUCUGGCAUGCGGCGGGAGUGAACACGCCAUCCGAAGCAGAGUUGGAGCAUAUUAUUCUGGAGCAAUUUCAGCUCCUGUCAAAGUACACGCCAAUGAUCAUGGCUGUCUUCAAGCGCGUUUCUGCUCUGCCUUCAACUCAUGGUGGUAGGAGUGCCACAGAGCGGCCGAUUACUCCUCGGGAUCUUUUCAAGUGGUGCCGUCGCAUACAAGAGCUUCUUGUUGCAGCAGGAUGCGCUACAGGCGAAGAACCCAUUAGUGACACAACAAGGGGAUGGAUUUUCAUGGAGGCAGUGGACUGCUUUUGUGGCAGCUUUGCCAAGGUCGAUAACAAAGCCAAGGUGGUCCAGUCGAUCGCCGAAGACAUGCAACUCCCCGAACAGCUCGUUCAGCACUACCUUUUCUCCCAGAUCCCGCAAUUGGAAGAGACGCCCACACAAUUUCGUGUCGGCCGAGCUGCACUACCCAGACGACAACAUGCGAGCAAAAUCGUCAAAUCCAAGAAGACUUUUGCGAACACGAACCACGCCAAGAGGCUCUUGGAGAGCAUCGCUGCGGCUGUCAAGCUCAAGGAGCCGGUUCUCCUUGUUGGUGAAACGGGUAUUGGAAAGACCACAGUCGUGCAGCAGCUAUCCGACCAGCUGGGCCAUAAACUUGUCGCAGUCAACUUGUCGCAGCAAAGCGAAGCUGGUGAUCUUCUCGGCGGCUUCAAGCCUGUCAACGCACGUAGUUUGGCAGUGCCGCUCAAGGAGGAGUUCGAGGACCUGUUUGCAUCGACCGGGAUAUCCGCGACAAGGAAUCAAAAAUACCUCGAAUCAUUAGGAAAGCAGAUUGCCAAGGGUCAAUGGACGAGGGUCUCGAAGUUAUGGCGAGAAGCGCCCAAAAUGUUCAAUGAGAUUCUCAAAAGGCUUCAGGCCAAGAGCGACGCGGAGAACGAGGUCGACGAGGACGGCAGGCCCGCGCCGAAGCGGAGGAAAACAGGCUCACAAUUGGACUCAUUGUUAAAUCUCAAGCCACGGUGGGAAGCCUUCGACAAGAGUCUGGACCAAUUCGACAUCCAGAUCUCUGGCGGAUCCGGUAGCUUUGCCUUUGCUUUCGUGGAAGGCAAUAUCGUCAAGGCCGCCAGGAAUGGUGACUGGGUGUUGCUGGACGAGAUUAAUCUGGCAUCGCCGGAUACACUAGAGAGCAUUGCAGAUCUGCUGUCGUCGGGGCCUGACGACUCGCCGUCUAUCUUGUUGACCGAGACCGGAGAGAUCGAACGCGUCACGGCGCAUCCGGACUUUCGCAUAUUUGCAGCCAUGAACCCUGCAACGGACGUUGGCAAGCGCGACCUGCCGCAGGGUCUCCGGUCAAGGUUCACUGAGUUUUACGUUGGAAGCCCGGAUCGUGAUCUCAAAGACCUCCUCACCAUUAUCAAAGCUUAUCUUAGUGGCAAGAGCUCCAAAGACGACCAGGCUGCCGACGACAUUGCUAGAUUGUACAUGAGCACCAAGCAAAGGGCUGAAGAGAAGCGGCUGGUCGAUGGGGCCAACGAAGUACCGCACUUCAGUCUCCGCACUCUUACACGUGUGCUGACAUACGUCAAUGAUGUUGCACCGUCUUAUGGCCUCCGGAGAGCACUCUUCGAAGGGUUCUCAAUGGGGUUCUUGACUCUGCUGGACAGAGCUUCGGAGGAGACUUUGAUUCCUUUAAUUCACCACUACCUGCUGGACAAACAUGGAAGUGCCAAGUCUAUUCUGUCUCAGCCGCCGCGGCAUCCCAGUGAUGGCAAAGUCUACGUCAAAUUCAUCAACAGGAACAAAGACCGGCAAUAUUGGCUACUGCAAGGGAUGGAGGUGCCACAGCAGCGAUCCGACUACAUCAUAACGCCAUACGUCGAGCGUAAUCUCCUCAAUCUUGUUCGUGCUACGUCAACACGCCGGUUCCCCAUUCUGAUUCAAGGACCGACGUCAGCCGGCAAGACGAGUAUGAUUGAGUACCUCGCCAAUUACAGCGGGAAUAAGUUCGUGCGCAUCAACAACCACGAGCACACGGAUUUGCAAGAGUAUUUGGGCACCUACGUCUCAGACUCUGACGGCAAGUUGCGCUUUCAAGAAGGCCUUCUCGUCCAGGCGCUUCGUCAAGGCCACUGGAUUGUUCUUGACGAGUUGAACCUGGCACCGACAGACGUCCUCGAAGCUCUAAACCGUUUGCUCGACGACAACCGCGAGUUACUGAUCCCCGAGACUCAAGAGGUUGUGCGACCUCACGAGAAUUUCAUGCUCUUUGCAACUCAGAACCCGCCAGGCCUGUACGGUGGCAGAAAGGCGCUGUCAAGGGCUUUCCGUAAUCGGUUCCUGGAACUUCACUUUGACGAUAUUCCAGAGGAGGAGCUCGAGACCAUUCUACAGAAGCGAAGCAUCUACACAUCUCCCUCUGACUGCAAGCGCAUCGUCUCAGUCUAUAAGGAGCUCUCACGCUUGCGGCAAACCAGCAGACUCUUUGAGAACAAGGACAGUUUUGCUACCUUGCGUGAUUUGUUCAGGUGGGCCUUGCGUGGUGCCCAGGAUCGCCAGGAGAUUGCAGUCAAUGGCUUCAUGCUUCUUGCUGAGCGCGUCAGGAACGAGGAAGAGCGUCUAGCUGUCAAGAACGUCGUCGAGUCUGUCUUCAAGGUGAAGAUCGACCCGCUGCAGCUCUACGACGCCAAGUCGUCACCAAUACUGGCAAAGGUUCUCUCGUCCGAGAAUGCUCAGGGAGUCGUAUGGACCUAUGCUAUGCGCCGUCUGUAUGUCCUUGUGGCAAGCGCCCUUCGCCACAACGAGCCUGUACUACUUGUUGGCGACACUGGUUGUGGCAAGACAACAGUGUGCCAGCUCCUCGCUGAGGCGCUGGGUAAAGAACUCCACAUUGUGAAUGCCCACCAAAACACCGAGACGGGAGAUUUGAUCGGAUCGCAGAGACCUAUCAGAAAUCGUGGGGCUAUUGGAGAGGCUUUGUUCGCCGACCUCAAGACUGCACUUUCUGGCCUGCAGCAGAACACGGAUGGAAGCCAGGAUGACCUUCUCGCAAGAUACAAAUCACUGCAACCGGCCGAAUUGGCAGACGUUCCCGCCGAGCUGCAGCAGAAGAUUGCCGACAAUGAAGUCAAGAGCAAAGCCCUAUUCGAAUGGGCGGAUGGCAGUCUGGUUCAGUCCAUGCGGGACGGCCAGUUUUUUCUCUUGGAUGAAAUCUCGUUGGCCGAUGACUCGGUACUCGAGCGGCUCAACUCAGUUCUAGAGCCUGGCAGGACACUUCUUCUUGCCGAGAAGGGUAUCAGCGAUUCGUUCAUCAAGGCAUCGGACGAGUUUCAGUUCCUCGCAACCAUGAAUCCAGGCGGCGACUUUGGAAAGAAGGAAUUGUCUCCCGCAUUACGCAACCGCUUCACAGAGAUAUGGGUGCCGCCACUUUCUGGAAACAGCGACAUCCUGCAGAUCAUCUCCUCGAAAUUGAGAGCGGAGUUCCGUCAGUUCUCCCAAGCUAUUGUGGAUUUUGCCUAUUGGUUUGGGCAGAGCUUCCGCUCGACCACAGCAAGCGCCUUCUCAAUCAGAGACAUCCUUGUUUGGGUCAAGUUUAUCAAUAGUGGAAGUGAGAAAGAAGGCGCAUUUUCCGUCAUUCACGGCGCUGCCACAGUCUUCAUCGACACCAUUGGCGCAAAUCCAUCGGCGCUGAUCGCCAUCGAUCCCAAGAGCCUGGAUUCACAACGCCAGACCUGCCUCGACAAGCUUACUGAACUUCUGGGUGUGGAUGCCACGGCGAUCUACAGAGCCACAGUCAGACUGAGCGUUGGACCGAACGAGCUUCAAAUUGGACCGUUCUCCAUCGCUCGUGAAUCCGAUGACAAUUUCGAGGCUGGCUUCGCCCUGCAUGCGCCAACAACUAAGCUCAACGCCAUGCGCAUCAUUCGCGCAUUGCGUGUGCAGAAGCCGAUCUUGCUUGAAGGCAGUCCUGGUGUCGGCAAAACCACCCUAGUGAGCGCACUUGCUCUCGAAGGCGCGGAGGCUGGUCACUUUGCUUGGAGGGAUGCCCCCUUCUUACGUGCCAUGCAAAAUGGUGAAUGGGUUCUCCUGGACGAGAUGAACCUUGCCUCGCAGUCUGUACUUGAAGGUCUCAAUGCCUGUCUCGAUCAUCGCGGCGAAGUUUACGUUUCCGAAUUGGACCAAGUCUUCAAGCGCCAUCCAGAUUUUCGUCUCUUUGCCGCCCAGAAUCCUCAUCAUCAAGGAGGAGGACGAAAGGGUUUACCAAGCUCAUUCGUCAACCGUUUCAUUGUCGUAUACGCCGAUGUCUUCACCGAAGAGGAUCUUCUUUUGAUCGCACAGCACAACUUCCCCAAUGUCCCUGCCGACGUGGUCCGUCGCAUGAUUCACUUCAUCUCGGAGCUUGAGGAUCGCAUAUUGGUGCAACGAGCCUUCGGCUCCCAAGGCAGCCCAUGGGAGUUCAACUUGCGCGAUACGCUGAGAUGGCUGAACCUACUCAAUUCGUCAGAUCCUCUGAUCUCUACUGCAGAGGUUGAUGAUUUCCUCCGAAUCGCUAUUCAGCAACGAUUUCGCAGCGAAAACGAUCGUGUCGCUGUUGCCAAUCUCUUUACUGAGAUCUUCGAGGCUCCUCCCAAGUCACACCAGGUGUACCACAAUGCAAGUGCCGCAGUCUUGCAAGUCGGACUGGCAUUGCUAGAACGGAACCAGCUGUCUCAGCCAUUGCGCAUUCCUCCGAUACUGGUAGUCCCCAGGCUUGCAGAGAUUGAAUCACUCCUGAUCUCGGUCAAGCACAAUAUUCCAAGUAUCCUCGUCGGACCUUCAGGUAGUGGAAAGUCUAUGCUCCUUGAAUAUGUGGCGGCAAUGGCUGGGAAAUCACUCAUCACAUUCCCCAUGAACGCGGAUAUCGACGCCAUGGACCUUGUAGGAGGUUUCGAGCAAUCCGACCCGCUACGAGAAGCGAACGCAGCUCUCAAAGACUUGCGUGAAGCUUUGCAAACUUCCAUCUUGACCUCGGUUCCUCAGGUCGUGCCAGAAACCGCACUGGACCUGUUCGGCGCACUUGAUGAUUCAAACACCGAGCACGCCGAGAAAGUACAAGCACUUCUGCCUCGUGUGAAGCAUCUCCAAUCAGUGAUUGCAGCAGAUUCAGAUUUGGCAGAGGUGCUGCGAGACGCUUGUGCAGCGCUUCAGCGGAGCACGACCAUCACGGAUCCAAGGUUCGAAUGGCUGGAUGGCAUCAUCGUCCACGCUUUAGAGAAAGGCGAAUGGCUGGUACUUGACAACGCCAACCUCUGCAGCGCUUCCGUGCUCGAUCGAUUGAAUUCAUUACUCGAGCCCAAUGGCUUCCUCAUCAUAAAUGAACAUUGUGGACCCAACGGAGAGCCGCGCAUCGUCAAGCCACACCCAGACUUCCGCAUUUUCCUGACCGUAGAUCCUCGCUAUGGCGAGCUUUCCCGAGCCAUGCGGAAUCGUGCGAUCGAAAUUUACGUCGAACCAACCACGAUCACGCCGAUUGCUUGGUCAGACCGUUUGACAAAGAUCGAGCCAAGUCUGCAGAGGUUCGAUCUAAUCACGUCAAGUUCGGACUUCGACGCUAUAAAUCACGCGCACACGGCCAUUGUUGCGUCAGAAUCAUUGUCCGCCAGCGACAUGGUACUCCUGGAGCGGUGGCCAGGUCUUAAUGGACAGACGUUGCUACACAGAGAAGCUACAUCCAUCCAAGUAGCCAAGAGGGCAGCGAUCGAUGCGUCACUCUCACAAAUCACCGCCUUGCUCAAGCUGCCAACCUCAAGGGAACUUCUACAAGCUCUUCGCGACCUCUACAAUGGCCUGGCCGAUAGGCAGUUGACUAGCCUGGUCGAUAUCCAGCCUUUGCAUCCCCUCCAAAACAAUCCAGUGGUCCGGGCUCUGAAUACAGACGGCAGCAAUUUGUCUUUCUGGCUAGCGACUUGUCUUGAGCUGUACCAAGCUCUCCUCGGCGCUCGUACUGCGCUUGAAGCGGAAAGAGCCAAAGCUGGCAGUGGUCAAGUCUCGACUUUGAACCGCCUGCAGCGUUCAUGUCUUGCCGAUACUGUGGCAGCAGUCGCCAAAGACUCUACUCUAGGUGCAGUCAGAUUCUUGCACGGAAUGCUCCAAACGGUGGAAGAAUUCCUUCGCGCCGAACUCUCUGAUGGCGCUCAGUGGCGACAGCGCAGGACUGCUAUGCAGCACGUGAUGCACGUCUGGUGGACAACUUUCCAGAACCUCAUCGAGCCCCGUUUUGAGGAGGCUCACUUCCAGGCUCAUCUCGCUCACAUCACGCAAGUUUUGUCGUCGCAAGCCGCCAACGCCACAGACGAGCCGACUCGGCAAGUUCUUUCGCAGAUGCUACAAGGGCUUGAGAGCUGUUUCGUGGCUGGCUUUAGGCUUACUACUGGUCUUGAGAUGGAACAUCUAUGGCAAUUUCUACGACCAUUGCCUAUAAAGAACUCUGAGCAGCUGUCCAAUGUCACAGAGAUGAUGAAGUUAGCGUCUCGAUUUGAUAUGCUCAAGUGGACCACCAAGACCUCGCCCGCGGAACUUGCAAAGGUCACCGACUUGUUCGUAGAGUCCUAUCACCUUGCUCGGCGCGGCACAGGGGAUUUCCAAGGGUUCCUUGAGAUUGUCGAUCAAGAGAUCCAGAAACUAGCCCAUCUACAAGGGAGCACGAAAGAAGUGAAGCCGUUUUUCACUCAGGAAUUCGAGUCCCUGCGGCGACUCAUUGCCCUCGAGGAUGCUAUCCACCAAGACGAAACUUCAUGGAAGUCUUCCUUGUCAAGCGACCUCGUCCUCCUAGCCAACCUGUCACUCUUCCAUAGGAUGUCGUUACAAAGCGCAACACCCUUGUCCAAGUAUCUGCAGUCCCUUGACGCGAUGCUGGGAAGUGAUCGACUAGAUCGCCCCUGGAACAGAAGCGUAGCUGCCCAGAUCAUGUCUCGCCUGAACGCCAUCGACUCUGCAAAUCUCAACAGUCUCGCAUCCAUCGAACUGGAAAUGCCGCUGCUCACGAAACAAGUUGGAUUGUACUCUCAUUCUCUGACAGAAGACCACCUCAAACAGUUGUCCGAGCUUCUCUGGGCUAUCAUGAUACCCGUUGUUAAGCUGUACGAUUCGGCUCUGGCCGCUGCUUUCCACUCGGCUCGUGACUUACAGAACUCUGCACUUGCCGAGCUGCUGCGAACUGUGAAAAUCACUGAGAAGGGCGUGGUAUUUGACCCGGCCACUGUUAUUACGAUCCUUGCGCCGGUCGAGCUUGGUCACCUGUCAGAUGUUGCCCGCCAGCACCUGCUCCCAGCCUUCGUAUCGCUAGUCGCGGCCGGGACUUUGGCCGUGGAAUGCAGGACAUAUCUGGCCAACGCUUGGUUACAAUUUGCUGUGGCCAUGAUCAAGCUCUUCGUCCCGGACAAGACAUUUGACCCUCAGCUCCGACCUCUGGUGGAGCUGAAGAGCUACGAAGACUUGCUUCGACAGCUUACAAACCGUCUUGAAGCUCUGCAGCAGUUUUCAAAACUGCAUACAGGACAGUCCGCAGAUAUUCGCUCGAGCUUGGUUGCGGAGGAGAUCGUCCAGCUAGGGAAUCGGCCAUUGGCCGUGCAGACUGUCUACAGACCCCCUCGCUCUCAGCUCCCAGAGCUCCAGAACGAGUUCAAUAGCCUUCUCAAGACUGUCGUUGGCGUCGAUCUUGGUAUGGUACUUGGUGAACACUACCAUGGUUCCGAGAGUGCCACUCAGCAGCUGGAUGUGGUCUUCGAGAACAUCUUGCAAAUCAUCUACCGCCUCCAGACCCGGUUCGUUGCAUAUGAGGAUAUCACGAUUCCCGUGGUUGGCAUGCUUCACUGCCUGCAGAUUGGAUUGUCGCUGAGGGAUGACACUGCGACAUGCUCCAAGCCGCAAGUUGAGGCCUCAUCGUCGGUGUUACUCAAACACGUCCCUCUCUUUGGAAGCGGCAAUAUACAGACCCACGCAGCACUUCCACAAACUGCGGAAUACCUUGCACUUGUAGGCACUUACACUGCGGUAGAGGGCCAAGCUGCUCUUGCUGGCUCCCUCAAGCAUACUGUCUUCCAGACUAUCCACGGUUUCUUCGCGCAAUGGACCCAGCAGCUUGAGGCCGAUCGCAAGGCCGAGGAGAACAAGACAAGCAUGUACAGAUACCGCGCAGGUCAGAGUGAGGAAGAAGCAAAGGAGGAGCAAGAGUUCAAUGAACUAUUCCCUACCUUUGGCGAGGAUGAGCAGGUGCAAGCGCAAAAUGCCUCUCCAAGGCUUCGCGAUACUCGAGGACUUGCCAUCAAGAUCGCCGCCUUGCAUAAGAACAUCUUUGUCACGUCCCAGAAACCUCUCGACAGCAUCAGGGCGCUCGUAAUGCUCAUUGCGAAGAAGAUUGUAGCCGAGGGCGGAGUGGGAGUGGACGAUCGCAAGAUGAUGCCUGCUUUACUAUGGAUCCUCGACGAGAAACAGCAAGAGUUCACGUCGGUAGGCACCCCAGCUGGCUACAAUUUCUACACUGACCGCAACAUGCCAGAAGCUCGAAAGCUCGUGGCGAUUGUCAACGACAUCCGCGCCAAAUUCCAGCAGCUGCAACAGGUCGACGAAAUCGCGCACAUGCAGCCCCUUGUGGAAGUUAUCUCCGCCUGCGACAAGGUGACGGAGCUGAGCCAUGCCAAUCCGCUAGCCAUGAUUAUUCCCAAAGUCGAGCAGCUACACGCGUUUGUGUAUGAAUGGCAAUUCGGUGGCUGGGCCAGUCAUGUCUACGGCGCCCUGCCACUCUAUAAUCGCCUGACAGACAUGAUUAUCAGCUGGAGAAGACUCGAGCUUUCCACCUGGAGCAAGCUAUUUGACAUGGAGACAGAAAAGCAGGAUAAUGAUGCUGCGUCCUGGUGGUUUGUUGCGUACCAAGCAAUCAUCGCAGGACCUAUGGGCAUUGUGCGUGACGGCGGUGAUAUGGCAAGCCAUGCCAGAGACUUAUUGACGGAGCUCGAGGUCUACUUCUCCUCUGCGCCAGUGGGCCAGUUUGCCGGUCGUCUCGAGCUCCUCAAACAACUGCUCAAGCAGCUCGAUUUGUUGAUCACAGAUGAACCGUCCAUGGCUCUCAUCAGGGAUGGCGUGCAAAACUUUGUGUCAUACUACGCACGCUAUGAGAAGUCCGUUACAGAGCUGAUUCGCGCAGGCCGAGCCCCGAUCGACAAACAGAUGAAGGAUGUCCUUCUGCUUGCCAGCUGGAAGGACACCAACAUCGUUGCUCUGCGCGAGAGUGCCCGCAAGAGUCAUCAAAAGCUGUUCAGAAUUGUGCGGAAGUUCCGAGAGGUUCUCAAUCAACCCAUGAAGUCUGUCAUUGAGCAGGGUCUGCCAGAUGAAGAGGUUGUCAAGGCACAAAGCAUUGCCGACACCACCGAGGUAGCCCAGAUCGAUGAUUCGGCCAACAGCGUGUGUCGCAAGGACAUUAAGCAGUGGUCGGACAAGCACAAAAGACUUGCGAACUCUCAACGGACUGUUGACAUUAUGGCAAGAAUGACGCGCUACCCAGAGGCAGCCAUAGACGCUGUCACCACCAUCGACUCGUUCCUGGCCAACCUUGAGACAUCCGCCUCCGAGCUGCGCAAAGAGACACCACCUUUCUUGACCGAUGAGAACAAGAAUCUUGUCAAACAUCUGAAGACAAGAAAGCGCAAAUUAUUCGCUGACGUUCUGAAAGACCUCAGGCAGAUGGGGUUCAGCUACAAUCUCGGUGUGGUCGCCUUAAACAAGCAAGCCACACUUCCUUUGGUCUUGAGCACAUCCAAACCGUUCCUGCGGACAAGCUCUGCUUCGUUCUCUGCAUGCGAGUACUACUUGCACAAGAUUCUCGAUCUUGCCCCGCGUGCACGUGCGGCAGCACAGAGCCACUCCGACGACCUCACGCAAGCCGAGAUUGCCAGGAGUGUGGGCUUCCUUGAGGGGAUCUUGCAUGUCGUGCUCGCACAAAGACAACAUCUUGCAGUUGUCGUCCAGCAGAAUGAUGCACUGUCAAGCGCAAGACAGCACAUCGUCCAGAUUGCCAAGCUAAAGUCAGGCACCCAGAUCCGGGCUAGGGCAACGUCAAGUGACUACGGUAAUCAUCUCACCUGGCUCAUGCAGAUCAUUCCCGUUGGCUUGCAAUUGAUUGAGAUACACGGCAGGUUUUCCAAGGUGGAUAACUCUCGUGCCUUGCGUCUUCUGCAAGCGUGGCUGGACAAGAUUGCUGCGAUCAAGAACGAACUUAAAAGCUGCGUUGUGCUGCCAUCUGACCUCAUAACUGCCCAUCAGCUUGACCGCGAAGCACAUGCAAAGACGAUCCUCAGCGGCCUCCGCGGCGCAUUGGACGAAGCUUCUAUUGAACGCCCAGAUCUCGCUUUCGUCCUUGAUCAAGUCCGGCAAUGGACCGACAUCACUGAGCAUCCGACAGAGGAUAGGUACAAUAUGCGGCGAAACCUGACGGCCUUGGCCGAAGCUUGCCAGCGAUUAUGUGACGGAAUACUUGUCACUAUUGAGAGGUUCAACAAAGAGCUUCUCAGUCUCCCAGCUGAUCCCGAAGCGCCCGGAUGGCUGGCCAAGCACAACGAUGCCAUUUCUUCUGUAUCCAAUGCACUUUGCAUUGAUCAGAUAGAGAGAAGCAUCAAUGAGACGGUCGAAACUUUCAAGGCUGUUGAUCUCGCCAACUCCAACAUCAAUAAAGUGGCCGCCUCAUUGAUGGCUGUCGUUGUGCCAAUUGUUGAGACUUAUCAGACUAUUUGCAUCAAGACUGUGCAGCGAUACUGCAACCUGCACCUCAGCACUUGCAGACUCGGCUACACGCUUAGCAAGAGCUUUAUUCAGCUUGCUGGGCAAGGUUUCUGCACGCCCCAGGAGAAGUCAGACGAGACCUCCGGAGAGACUGGGGAGCUUGAGAGCGGUACGGGUCUUGGCGAAGGUGAGGGCGCUGAGGACAUCAGCAAAGAUGUCCAGCCCGACGAAGACUUGACCGAUCUGGCUCAAGAGGCCAACAAGGAACCGAACAAGGAGAUGGAGGAGGAGCAAGAUGCCGUGGAUAUGGCCGACCAGGAACUCGCGGCCGACAUGGAGGAGGACGCUGGCGCAGAGGACGAGAAAGACAAAGACGACAAAUCCGGCGACGAGGACGAAGAGGGUGAUGAGAUGGAAGAGGAGGCUGGAAACGUCGACGAUCUGGACCCUUCGGCAGUCGAUGAAAAGAUGUGGGAUGGUGAGAAUGAAGAAGAUGCCGAGAAGGAUCAGCAGGGCGAGCAAACCAAGGGCCAGCAGAAGAAGGACGAGAAGAUGGCAGCAGAGGACGACAAGGGCGGUGAUGAGCAGCAAGAUCCCGAGCAGGGCGAAGAGGACGAAGAGGCUGCGGAUGAGAUGGGCGCCGACCAGGACGAAGACGUCAAGCUGCAGGAGGACAUCAACCGCCAGGACCAAAAUGUCCAAGAGCAGGAGGCGCUGGCUCUUCCCGACGACAUGGACAUUGACGGCAAUGAUGACGAUGACAUGUCGUCGAUCAGCGAUGACGAGCUUGAUAAGUUGUCAGAUGUGGAGAAGGAUGAGGACGGGGCAGACGAUGCCGAAGACCGAGACCUCGAGAGCGAGGAUGGAGGCGACGGCGAGACCGAUAUGGUACCUGGUGAUGAGGAGAAGGAUGGUCAAGACGAGCAGGAUGAAGGGGAGGAUGACGAAGACAACGCCAACAUACAAGAAGAUGAGCAGGCCGAAGCCGGUGAAGACGAUCCAGCUGAAGACGAGGACAAGGAAAAGCAUGAGAUGCCUUCCACUGACGACGCCGACGCCAGCAACGAUAACACGGCACCGAGCGACGUCAAGAGCAGUGGCCAAGAUCAGACCACGGACCAGGACGACAACAAGGACGGCGCAGACGAUAGUGCCGCUCAACGUGAUGGCGGCGAGAUGGGAGAGAGUGCCACGGAUCAGGACCAAUCCGUGGGUGACAAAGGAAGCGUUUCCAAGACGCAGGAUCAGCCCACGCAAGCUGAUGCUGAUGACCUGCGCGACUCCGCUGUACCGCAACCGUUCAAGGCGCUUGGCGAUGCAAUGGAGAAAUGGCACAGGCAAAGACGAGAGAUCAAGGAGGCGCAGGAGAAGGACACCAACGAGCCGCGCAACGAUGCUGAGCAAGAGUCUGCUGUUCGUGAAUACCAGCAUCUUCAGAACGACGACGACGCUGCCGAGACGCAAGCUAUGGGCACCGCGAACGAAGAGCAAGGGCAGAAGAUCGAUGAAUCGAUGGCCAUCGAUGACGAAGAACAGCCUGUCAACAACCAGAUCAUGCCCGAGGAAGAGGCUGAGCAGCCCGAACUUGAAGAACAACCUGAAAAGAUGGACACGUCUGAGCCAUCCAGGCCUGAGGAACAGCCACAGCAGGAAACUGCACGUGAGGACCGCCGCACGGGCGUGUCUACUAGGCAGGGUGCCUUUGACCGCGAUACCACGCCUCCUUCCAAUGGAGCAGCGGUUGACGAAGAUGUGGAGGAGACCAUCCAGGAGACGUCGCACCAACUCGAUCUCACGCACCUUUCCGACCCCGAGCAGCUACGAGACUUUGAUGAGUCGCUUCAGCAGUGGACUUCGUUCCAGACCAAGACGCAUCCGCUGUCACUGUCUUUGACCUCGCAGCUGCGUCUGAUUCUUACCCCGUCGCAAUCGACCAAGCUGUCGGGUUCCUUCCGGACAGGCAAGCGGCUCAACAUCAAGCGCAUCAUCCCGUACAUUGCAUCAAGUUACAAGCGCGACAAGAUUUGGAUGCGCCGAGCAAUCCCUACCAAGCGCACCUACCAGAUCAUGCUCUGUGUGGACGACAGUAAGAGUAUGGGGGAGUCGAGUGCUGGCUCGUUAGCCCUCGAGUCUCUAGUCAUGGUUUCCCGGGCGCUUACCAUGCUGGAGGUUGGGCAAAUCGGCGUGCUUGGCUUCGGAGCCAACACAUUCAUGGCACACGAGUUCGCUGAGCCGUUCGCGUCCCACGAUGCUGGUGCCAAGGUCCUACAGAAGUUCUCCUUUGACCAGGACUACACAGACAUUCAGCUACUCAUCCGGCAGACCAUCGAGCGCUUCCGACAAGCGCGCACGCAGCAAGGCGGCAGUCGCGGAUCAGAAGAUCUCUGGCAGCUUGCCCUGAUCUUGUCGGAUGGCCUGACACCCUCUGCUGCACACGAAGAGAUCAAGGUCCUUCUGCGCGAAGCUCUCGAGGAGCGGAUCAUGAUUGUAUUCAUCAUUAUGGAUGACACGUCCGCUCCCGCUGCCGCUCCGGCGGCUACCGGGAAUGGAAGUGGUGGUAUUUUGAAGAGUGGCGGUAGUGCGAUCAAGAGUCAGAGUGUGCUGAACCUCAAGAAGGUCCGCUUCCUGGGCAACGACGAGAUCAAGACCGAGUACUAUCUCGACACAUUCCCGUUCCAGUACUACCUCAUUGUACAUAAUCUCGAAGACCUGCCUGGUGCCCUGGCUGGUCUACUGCGGACCUGGUUCGCAGAGGUCAAUGCUUGA